AUGCAGGGCGCGUCCGGGGUCGGGCUCGGCAACUUCCUGGAGAUGGGGCCGCUGGACGUGGACCUGAAGCCGCGCAACUCGACGUGGCUCCAGAAGGCCGACCUCAUCUUUGUGGACAACCCGGUCGGCACAGGGUACAGCUACGUGGAGGACGACAGCCUGUUCGUGACCAGCGACUGGCAGCAGGCCGCGGACAUGACCACGGUGGUCAGGGCGCUGGUGAAGGAGGUGCCCACCCUGGCGACCAGCCCGCUUUUCCUGGUCGCCGAGUCCUACGGCGGCAAGUACGCCGCCACGCUCGGCGCGUCCGUCGCCCGGGCCGUCCGCGCCGGCGAGCUCAACAUCACGCUCGGAGGUGUGGCGCUUGGGGAUAGCUGGAUCUCGCCGGAGGAUUUCACGCUCUCCUACACGCCGCUGCUCCUGAGCGUGUCGAGGCUGGACGACAACGCCCGGCGACGAAGCAAACAAGAAGGCGGAGACAGUGAAGGAGCAAAUCAUGGCGGGCCAGUGGGCCGCCUCCUCUCCUGCUGUGGCCGCUCAUGGUGCUCGUGCCCGGUGCCGGUGGGUCUCGACGGUGCCGCGGUUGGCACAGAGCAGUCUUAG